AUGAUCCGCGGCAUCCGAGAGCUCAUCGCGCCCGAGGACGUGGGGCUCUCGCUACCCCACGAGCACGUGUUGCACAAUAUCGGCGCUAUUAUAGCAACCAAUUCCUCUAAUGUAGACCUAGAAAUCCGCUUCGAAGACCUGAUCGACUAUCGUCACGAUCCUUUUGCCCACGGAGGUCGUAACCUUCUGAUGCAGAAGGAAGACGAAGCUUUUCGCGAGUUAGAGAGGCUGCAACAACUGAAACGCAACAAAUUGAAGCCAUUGAUAGUGGAUGUGACGCUCCCAGGUGAGGGACGCGAUGUUUGUAUGAAGGAACGACUGCAAUUGGCCGAGAGACUGAAAAAUCUACAUGUACUGACCGUCACGACGUUCGAGAUCGAGAAGAUAAACGAAAAAUUUACCGUCGGAUUGUCGACUAUUGAGCAGAGUGAACGUAUUGCUAAAACGCUGGAAGCAGAGCUGAUGUUCGGAGUGGAGAGUGGAAACGUCCUUGUGCAGGGUCUAGCACUUGCUCAAGUGAGAACGCAUGCGCCACUGUAUUUAUCAUUCUCGAACAAUGCACAUUCUGACUCGAACGAGAAGAUUCGAGUUUGGAUUCGUGCUCUAUUGGAUGCCGGGGCUGAGAGGAAAAAACUUGUGGUGUGUCAUGCGGAACGUUGGUGUCAAGAAGGGGCUCAGUACGCGUUUCUACUGGAACUCGUAGACUUGGGCGUGUCGAUACUAUUCAGCUCGAUCGGUCUGCUAGCUGUUAGCGAUUAUUGUUCCCAACUUCUACUGUCUACGAACGUGCAUCAACGGAUUCAAUACCGUCGCUAUGGAGGUGGAGGCUACACGUAUCUGUUCGACCAUUUCAAGCCUCGUUUUCUGCGUCGAGGAGUCUCGGAAGCGCAAUGGGAACAGAUCGUGCGCUCGAACGUCGUCGAUUUGUUGGCUUGGUACGAACCUCCCGAAGCUCCACCCAUUCCGAAAAACUACCUGCAGUGCUCAAUCUGUGCAAACUACUUUGAACCUAUCGAAGGGGAAUAUUUCACCAAGUUUACCUUCAUCUACUGCGGUACCAAGUGUCUACGUCGGCAUAGUCGACAGAAGUUCGCUCCACUUCCACUAAAGACGUAG